AUGGUUGAGUUACGUUCUCUCUUGUUCUGUUCCCCCCCCCCCCCCCGCUCUCUCUCUCUGUGUGUCUUCAUUGUUCGGUUCUCUUUUCAUUCCCCCCUCUCCCUUAAUUUGUGUGUGUGUGCGUGUGUGUCCCCUGCCACGUCGCUUUCUCCACCUGUUCGCCUCGCUCUUCUCCAGACUUCCCUCAAUUGUUUCCCCUCCUUUCUCCCUUGUGGACUUCUCAAAGUGCGCUCGCUGAGUGAGAGAGACGCGACGAUAAAAUCGGUGUCUGUCACUAUGCACCAGCAGCCGUCAAGCAAUUGUUGCAGCGGUGCCAGCCGCGUUGGGUCUACCAAGUACGCUCACUCGCCAUACACUUAUCGCACUAGCAUAGACGAUGGCCAUUUUAGCCCAAUAAGAGACCCCGGAUGUCGUCAAGAGUCGGCGAGCCUCCCGGCGUAUCUUAGCCCCAGGUCAUUCAACAGGAGCACGUCAGCGCAGGAGGCGCCUGCGAACCCCGUGCUCAAGAGCGUACAAAACGAAAGCGCCGGACAGCAACUCUCUCAGCCGAGCACCCCGCUAAGCCCAUCCAGUGGCGGGCAGGAGUACUCGCAGCCUAUCCAGGUUGGUUCCGCCCCGAACGUUCACCCGCGGUACCGUCGCAGAAUCAACAGUCCCAUCACCCAGUGUGGCAGCAACGACAGCGGUAGUCGCAGCGGCUUCCCCAACACUCCACCUAGCAGCUUGCCUCCCAGAUUCCCCUUCGCGCCGCGUGAGGACGACACGAGUGCGUUCGCUCGUGUUGAGUCCGCGCCGGUGCAAGGGCACUACAGCCCCCCGCAGUACGGGAUGCCGCUCUCGGGUAGUUUUCGCAGUGCCGCAGUGGAAGUUGACAGAAGAUCGCAGUCGCCGAACCCUUACUACACCGCGCAGGGGACUCCGCCCCCGCUGCCCCCUCUGCCGCCACACGUGCCGACCGGUAUCCCCGGCCCUCUGUAUGGUGCGCAAACUCCCAGCCGAUGCGCAUCGCCAACGAUUGUGAAUGGAGCGGCCAUCUCGAGCUACGCCCCCGCAAGCUUCUCAGUGCCACUUACGAUGGCUCCCGUGAUGAACAGCGGGGGCAGCGAGAGCUACCACGGUUCUCUGGAUGGUCGAGGCGGUUUGCAGUCACUCGGAUACGUAGACCCUCGAUCUAACCACUGCUUCUCUUCGGUGAUGGGUUGCAGCAACGGCGCACACCCCCAGUCGUUCGUCCCCGCUAAGAAUCAGAAGAAGCACCAAAGCGGCCCCUUUCCGGUGAGAAAAUACCCUAAUAAAAGCAACAGCAGCAGCAGCAGUAACCGCGUUGCCUCGCCUCCGCUUGGCGGUGCAGUCAUGAGUGGUGGGCCCGCUGGGGUGACGCACAGAGCGGAAGCUCCGCUUUUCAGUGGGUCGUACGACACAGCCAUGAAAACGCUGAGCGCCAUGGCGGACGAGACGAUGUCGUUUUCCAGCAAGUCAAGCAGCAGUCUGAGCAGCAUCCGCGAUGACCUACCGCUUUGCCCGAGCGAUGAGGAGUGUACGCUGAUCAACGACCGCAAGCACCAGAAGAAGUACGCCCACACAUGCCGACUGCACCCCUGCUAUCACGCGCACGUCGUCCGCCACGCGAAGCUGUUUAGGCACUCUCCUGGGCAGGUGCUGCUGCCGGAGGGGUUUUCUGCCAACAUGAAGAUAUCCACCCAUGCCUUGGCCAGUGUGAACUUUAGCGCCAUUAGCCCAGAGGCGCCCAAUGCGUACCGCAUUUACGUGUCGCAUGGCGAAAAGAGCUACGAGAUAUUUGGCGACUGGGCCUCCGUCAAGGUGCAUACGCUCAAGCGAUACCUGCAUCAGGUGUAUCACAUCGCCCCAACCGCGCAGAUCCUGUCCGUUUUGAAGACGGGCAAUGCAAUGGACGAUGACAUCAGCACUGUGAAAGCCUUCGGUAUUGAGGAAGACUCGGUCAUCCAGCUGCACAGCAACAUCGAGGGCAGCACCGAUUUCGGGCGAAUUGGGAUCUCCCUCGACGAUCUGUAG